CCCCGCCGCCAGCUGCUGAGUCCUCCGCGGGCGGUGGGGGCCUGCGGUGCCGAGUCUCGUCCCCUGGGCGCGAGCAGCCCUGUCCCGGGUCCGGGCGGGGCCCUGGGCUUGUGGCCAAGCCGGAGUCCAGGGGAGAGCAAGGGGAAUGAGAAGAGCUUUACAGAUGUGGUCUCGGGACAGGUUGCCCAGGCUUGGGAAGAGACGUCUCAGUGGGAGGCGAGGGGGCCCAUAGUCUUCAGGCCUUCAAUGAAAGUGUGAGUCGUAUUGGCUGUUUCAUAGCUGUGGAUGAUCAGUAACACUUCUCUGGUCUUUAUAAACCAUGGCGUAUCAACUGUAUAGAAACACCACAUUGGGCAACAGCCUUCAGGAGAGCUUGGAUGAGCUCAUACAGUCUCAGCAGAUCACCCCUCAACUUGCCCUUCAAGUACUACUUCAGUUUGACAAGGCUAUAAAUUCAGCAUUGGCACAACGGGUCAGGAACAGAGUCAAUUUCAGGGGCUCUCUGAAUACAUACAGAUUCUGUGAUAAUGUGUGGACUUUUGUACUGAAUGAUGUUGAAUUUCGAGAGGUAACGGAACUCGUGAAAGUGGAUAAAGUGAAAAUUGUUGCAUGUGACGGAAAAAAUACUGGUUCCAAUACUGCAGAAUGAAUAGAAAUGUUUUUUGUGCAACAUUUUCUGUUAAUAUGCAGCACUUUCUGGAGAGGAGCAUGGAAAAGGACUGUUCAUAAUUUAUUCUAGUGAUGCAGACAUGAGUUAAUCCAUGCUAGAAUGCAUCGCAGAAAGGCAGUGAAAAGAAAUAUCUUUCUGUAGCAUUACUUCAGUUCACCUAAAAGGGCAUGAAGAAAACAAUGUUACUUUUUUAAAUGACAAAACAAAUAUUGUUGCCUUUUUUUUGUUCAAAGUAAUUUCUCUAAUAAACUUUUAUUUAAAA